AUGUCAAUCACCUCGCCUACCGCCUCUGCAAAGAAGGCCAUCCAUAAGAUAGACAUCGCCCAGGUCUCUCUCAACUUACAGGACCGUCUUGGGCUUGCCAAAGUCCGCUACGAGCGUCUACAUGGCCUGCAUGGCCUGCACAGAGACAAGGACUCCCUACCGUCUGAUUCCGAUAGCACCGUCACCUCCCACCACCAAUCUCUACACCAGUACCAGCAUAAUGUCCACCCGAGCGAGGCAGGGUCAGAUUGCUCCUCAUCGGACUCCGCGGAUGCUCGCUACUCGACUCCCUUUACCUCGUCACCAGUCCGCACCCCGAGGGUGAGCAAGGAACUUCCUCGGUCCUCGCGCAGCCGACAUGCAGCUACUUUCGAUAUCAAGACGAUGCAAUGCAUGACUUCUAGCGGUGGUGGAACUGCUGGCAGCUCACGCAAGAGACGCCGCUGUGAUGUGAUGGCAGAACACCAGCUGCCCAAGAUACCGCGGAUAUCGUGGAGUGCGUCCGGUACUGCGCCGCAAUCCUCACCCCUUACCCGGCGUCAGCUUCAACGAAGGACGUACGAGACCAUGCCGUCUUUCAUCUCGGAAUCAGAUACUAUCCCGGACCCUGACGUCGAAAGAGACGUCGACGCCGAUACUGGCUCACACAUCGACCCCCAGCUCUCUAAAUCAGACCAUCGAGGCUCCUCGUCCUCCUCCGCCUCUUUCAGAGCACCACCGCCCCCACCACGCACACCACCACCCAGGCGCACCCGCUUCAACACCUCCCAGGCAGGCGAAGAUGCCGCUGGUUCAGGCUCUGGAGCCGAUCUACUACUUUACCUCGCCAACUCGCCUACGCCAGCUACCAUCAACGGCAAACCCGCCCCGCACACAGCAAGCAUGGGAAUGCCGGAUUUCCUCCCUUCUACACCACCAACCCAACACGCCAUACCCUUCCAGCUACUUUCAACGCCUACGCCUUCUCAGCCUUUUAAUUUUGCCGAUUUCGUCAACGUUACUCCCAGCCCGGCCCAGAGAGCUUGGACUAACGGUGCCAAUUCCCGUACUCCACUAAACAAUCCAUCUCGGACUCCGCGUACGCCUCGCACGACGAAAGAGGUACGCAAGAGGUUGAAUUUCGAUACCCUCGCUCCUCCAAGUCCUAUCAGGGGUUCGAGUUCUAAGCGAUCUGGCGGUAGCGGCAGCAGCGGUGUCGGUCUAGCAUUGCAGCUUGGUGAAGAGUUGCCGAUAUAG